AUGUCGACCAAUCCAAUCCAAGGAGGAAACUUCAUCCAUGCCACCGAAAGGCGAGCAGAAGCACCUCCAAUUUGGGAACGAUUCUCACUUCGCGGGAAAACUGCCAUAGUAACUGGAGCUACGUCCGGUAUCGGCUGGAGUGUUGUACAGGCAUUUGCUGAAAUGGGUGCAAAUGUUGUAAUAUGGUACAAUACAAGCACGAGGGGACCUGAACAAGCUGCGCUGAUCGAACAAAAAUACGGCGUGAAGUGCAAGGCAUAUCAAGUCGAUAUCCAGAAUGCCGCUGCAGUUGAAGCGGCAGUUGAUGAACAUGUUCGCGAAUUCAAUGGUCGCUUAGACAUAUUUGUCGCAAACGCCGGAAUACCAUGGACAAAGGGAGCUAUGGUAGAUGGAGAUCUCGACCACUACCAUCAAGUAAUGACCACCGACCUAGAUGGUCCAUAUUACUGCGCCAAAGCGGCCGCAAAGCAUUGGCGAAGACAGAAAGAAGAAGGUACUGAUUUGAACGGGAGAAAACUAGAUAAUUAUGUUGGUGGAAGUUUCAUAGCGACGGCUAGUAUGAGUGGUGUGGUUGUGAACAUUCCGCAAUUGCAGGCUUCGUACAAUGCAGCAAAAGCGGGUGUGAUUCACUUGUGUAAAAGUCUGGCUGUUGAGUGGGCGAGAUACGCGAGGGCGAAUUCCAUUUCGCCAGGCUAUAUUAUUACAGAGAUAUCAAAUUUUGUGCCGCAGGAGACAAAGGAUAUUUGGAAAGAUAAAAUUCCAAUUGGACGUGAGGGUGAGAGCCACGAACUUCAAGGCGCAUUCUUAUAUCUCGCUUCUGAUGCAGCAACCUAUACAACUGGAACCAACAUACUAGUUGACGGUGGGUACUGUUUACCAUAA